GAGGGGGAUCGAGUGGAGUCCUCUGGUUUAUUCUGAGGCCUGUGCUGUGCUCUGAGGGGCCAUAGUUUGGGACCCUUUGAACCCUAAUCUCCACCCAAACCCAUUUUCCCGGGAAAUUCCCUUGGAAAAGAAAGAGCGAAGAGGAAAAUGCAGAAUCACAGGCUGAAGCAGCAGCAGCAGCAGCAGCAGCAGCAACAACAAGCUCUUAUGCAGCAAGCUCUUCUCCAACAACAGUCUCUCUACCACCCUGGCCUCCUUGCUCCUCCUCAGAUUGAACCAUAUCCAAGUGGAAAUUUGCCUCCUGGUUUUGAUCCAAGUACUUGCCGCAGUGUGUAUGUUGGGAACAUCCAUACACAGGUAACUGAGCCGCUUUUGCAAGAAGUUUUCUCGGGUACUGGCCCAGUUGAAGGUUGUAAGCUUAUCAGAAAGGAUAAGUCAUCCUAUGGAUUCAUUCAUUACUUUGAUCGCAGAUCUGCUGCUCUUGCCAUAUUAUCUCUCAAUGGAAGGCAUCUAUUUGGGCAGCCUAUCAAAGUUAAUUGGGCAUAUGCUAGUGGUCAGAGAGAGGAUACGUCAGGUCACUACAAUAUAUUUGUUGGCGAUCUAAGUCCUGAGGUUACUGAUGCUACGUUGUUUGCAUGCUUUUCUGUCUAUCCCAGUUGUUCAGAUGCAAGGGUUAUGUGGGAUCAGAAGACUGGGCAUUCAAGGGGAUUUGGAUUUGUUUCAUUCCGUAACCAACAGGAUGCACAAAGCUCUAUAAAUGAUUUGACUGGUAAGUGGCUUGGAAGUAGACAGAUACGUUGUAACUGGGCAACAAAAGGUGCUGGUGGUAAUGAAGAGAAGCAAAACUCAGAUGCAAAAAGUGUGGUGGAACUUACAAAUGGCUCAUCUGAAGAUGGUAAAGAGACAUCUAACAGUGAUGCUCCUGAGAACAAUCCUCAGUAUACUACUGUUUAUGUGGGUAACCUUGCUCCAGAGGUAACUCAACUUGAUCUCCAUCGCCACUUCCAUGCUCUUGGGGCUGGAGUGAUGGAGGAGGUUCGGGUCCAGCGUGAUAAAGGGUUUGGUUUUGUGAGGUACAGUACUCAUGCUGAAGCAGCUCUGGCUAUUCAGAUGGGGAACGCCCAGUCUCUUCUAUGUGGAAAACCAAUUAAGUGCUCUUGGGGGAGCAAGCCCACUCCACCUGGAACUGCUUCAAAUCCCCUUCCCCCACCUGCUGCUGCAUCUCUGCCUGGCCUGUCUGCAACUGAUCUUUUGGCGUAUGAGCGACAGCUAGCAAUUAGCAAGAUGGGUGGCGUCCACGCCUUGAUGCAUCCUCAAGGACAACAUCAUCUUAAACAAGCAGCAGCUAUUGGAGCCAGCCAGGCAAUAUAUGAUGGUGGGUUCCAGAAUGUUGCAGCUGCACAGCAAAUGAUGUACUACCAGUAACACACUUCGGUUCUCUUGAUGUAUUGGGGUUUAAUGCUAGCUAUAUAUUCUGCCCUGUGCACAUUGAUUCGUGUUAAACUCUAGGGAGCCUUUUCUUUUUACUUUUUUACCCGACGGUAGUGUUGUAGUUACACCUACCAUAUUAGACAAUUAUGAGUAAACAUUUGUAUGGGUUUGUAUCAUGUAUGCGGUUUUCUACUUAAUAGUGGUGAGUGUUUAUGAUUUUAAGAGGGGAUUGUCUGUUCAGACAUGUUUCUUCUCAUCACCCAUUUGGGUGUUACUAUGCGAUAGUUGUCAUCAAUAUCAUCCUGUCUAUAGAGGCUGUUAUAUAUUUAUUAA